AUGAAGAUGAAAGAUGAACCUGUCAUUGUGGCCACUGCAAGAUCCUCAACAUCUUCAUCAUGUUGCUGUUCAAUGACAAAACUGAUGAGAAAACUUCUCAUGAAGAGAUCACGUAGCCGAAUCAGACAAGGUUCGUUUCAAUGUUGCUAUGAUCCUUUGAGCUAUUCUUUGAAUUUUGACACUAGUGACUGUGGAAGCUUAUUGGAUGAGGAUUAUUAUUAUAAGUUCUGUGCUUUUUCUUCAAGGUUUGUGGCAAAUCCAACUCCUCUCCAAGUAGCUACAGGGAAGGGAACUCUCAGUAUUAGUAGCUAG